CUCAUCGCAUCCACAAUGGGCUUCUUCAAACGCAAAAACGCCCCGCUCAUCCCGCCCGUCGCGCCCACCGCCGGCCAGCAGCCCAACGCCGACCCGUAUGCGGCCCCAGCUGCAGGCGGGUACGGCGGCGGGGACCCGUAUACCAAGUCGAAACCGAGGCCGGCCGCUGGCGAGUCCACCGAAAAGGGCGGCGGCGACCCGUACGCAGCCACGCCGGUAUACGCAGCAGGCGGCGACCCGUACGCCAAACGCAACCCGGGCCCACGAGCGAACCCGAACGCCGCCAACGACGCCGCCCGGGCCGAGCUCUUUGGCGGGUACAAGGCGGCAGACGUGCCUGCUGAGCGCAAGUACGGGUACGAAGGGCGGGAGAUGGAGGAGGAUUUCGACGAGGACGAGGAGAUUGAGGGGAUCAAGCAGGAGAUGAGGGGCGUGAAGCAGGACAGUCUGGCGAGUACGAGGAAUGCAGUGGCGCUGGCGAGGCAGGCUGAAGAGUCGGCGAGGGGCACGAUCGGCAAGCUCGCUGACCAGUCUGAACGUAUCGCCAACUCGGAGCGAUACCUCGACAUGGCCAAAGCCAACAACCAGCGUGCAGAAGACAAGACGACAGAGCUGAAAGUGCUCAGCAGAAGCAUCUUCCGUCCCGCCAUCGUCUGGAACAAGGAAUCCAAACGGCAGGCGCAGGAAGACAAGAUCAACGAGCGCCACGCCAUGGAACGUAUGGACCGCGCCAAAGCGCUCAUGGACGUCCAGGACACCCGCAAACGACUCGGUGCAGCUGCCAACCCGUCGCCACACGCCUCGUCGCCCGCACCCGAGCCCAUGCCGGGCCAGCAGAGGGCGCGCAAAGACGCGCGCUCGCGGUACCAGUUUGACGCCACCGCCUCGGACGACGAGCUGGAAGAUGAGCUGGACGAGAACCUGGACGAGACGCUCGAGGUGACGAGGCGCCUGAAGGGGCUCGCGACGGCGAUGGGAGACGAGGUGUCGGGCCAGAACUCGAGACUGACGAGGGUGACGGACAAGACGGAGAACUUGGAGUUUGCGGUGAUGAAGAAUACGGAGAGGCUGAGCAGGAUCAGGUAGGGUAUUAUUGUAUAGUGUAUCAUGUAAAUGUUUUGUGUUGUUGUUGUUGUUGCUGUUGUUGUUGCUGUUGUUGUCGCUGUCGCUGUCGCUGUCGCUGUCGCUGUCGCUGUCGCU